UAAAUACCCCAAGUCUGUGCGGAUAACGAAGCAUCUUCACCUGGAGACACCAAGGCAGCACCACGGAGAGCAAGAGAUUAGCUGAAUAUGGAUCUCCCUCUAACCAACCCCUUUCCCAAGGAAAACACCAGGAAGAAGUGGUCUGUGGGAAUGUCUGUUUUCAUUAUUCUAGUUCUGAUCAUUGUCGCUGGAUCUUUAAUUGGAGUUCACAUGACGCAGAAGCACACAGAGCAGAUGGUGCGCGUCUCUUUUGCGAAUGCAGAAGGAGAGAAAGUUGUGCAGACCGUUUCUGUCAAUGAGCGGGAUGAAGUCGCUGUCAUUUAUGUCCGCAGUGAUAAGUAUCCCGGCACUUUCCUCUUUGAUUAUAAGAAGAAACUCAUCGCCUUCAGGAAACCAAACAGCACGGAAUGCUUUGUAUUGAGAAUGGAAGAGGCCAAAACGCCAGCUCUGAGCACCCUGCUGAAGGGGGUGGAAUACUUCCGCACACACGAUGCUAAUGCAAAUGACGGGGUCAUUUUUGACUUUGAGGAGGUAGAAGAAGCCAGCCCAGGUGAUGUUGGGUCCAGUAUCUUCCUUAUGUGCAGCGAUGUCAGUAUCUACUGGGCAAAGAAUGUAAAUUUCAAACAACGGGGAAUUAACAUCAAAAUUAAGGGCAAGAUAUUCGGAAUAUUUCAUAUUAAAGCUGGCAUUUCUAUUGGAAGGUGAUUGUGGAAGAUGUGUGCAGAUCUUCAGCUUCUUCACAUCAUUUCCUUUAAUAAUGAACAGAUUUGGUGUUUCGCUGUCUCACGCUUGCCAUAUAUCUCCAUAAAAAACAAAUAAAUAUAUAUUUGUAGCAGAAAAUCUAUAUAUAUUUUUUUCUAUAAAAGCUUCUGUAAUGGCCAUAAAUAUAAUUCAGUUGUUCCAGUUAAAUGUCUGACUGUAACAGAAAGCUACAAUGUCACAUUCUCCUCCUUAUCGCUGUAGAUAUGUUAAAGAUGUUUUUGAAACAUAAAUGGAAAAGAUAUAUUCUUAAUUUAACAAGUUUUGUGAACAUGUGUAAAAAUGACUUUGUUGCUGUUCAGAAAUAAAUCAGUGACAGACACCCAGUGAAAUAUUACACUGUUCACAUUG